GUGAAGCUUCGAAUCGAACUCCUGGUAGCGGACACGAAUGCAAAGAAUCGACUUCUUCCGUUUAGAACUGUAAAUCAACGCAAGUCAAGAUGAGUGCUUUCGACAAUCUAGACGUCGAACAGGCCUUCCCCCCCAUCCAGGAUGAUCCGUUCGGAUGUUCCUCGAACGAUCGAUCGCCGCUGGAUUCCCAAGACUGUCCCGGAGCAAAAAUUAUCGAAGACGAUCCCUUCUCGUCGUUCAACGUGACCGCGGCACUGAAGAUCACGAAUAACCCUUUUCUCCUAGACGACGUUGACGAGGGGUGUGCUCCCUUCACCGCGACGCUUCCUCAAACAGAGACUCUGAGUGAAGGAGAGCAUAGCAUAGGGAUUGAGGAGGCGCCGUGGCCAGGAAACAACACGGUCGACUCGACCGCAAAUAUCAGUCGUGACUCCGCUUCAGUAGAUAGUUCCGCUGCUUCGGCGAAUACAGUACCCGAUUCCGGCGGCGAAGUGGAAUUCAAUGGGUCCUCAACAUCGUCCGGUGGGACCGAGCCCAAGACUGCCCUCGACAGCGAUAGCGGCAACCUGACAGUCGAUGUCAAUGAGAGCGCUCAACAGGAAAAUUUGGUUUACGGGCUCAUGGAUUCGGCCAAUGACGGAGCGCUCGGUUCACCAGCUCCGUCGAACGUUCCGAUCCCCACAAUCAUGCUGACCGAGCCCACCAUCGUCUCGGAAAAGUCGAGCUGCCUCGAAGAUAUGCACCACAGUACGUCAGCCGGGGAAGGUCAUUCCAGGCUUCUAGAGUCGACCGAGGGUGAAACUUCUCACGACUCGAGUCACUCGAAUAUCGCAUCCAUCAGCACGACCGACAGCACUGAAACUACUCAGGCUCCGACCCAAGCGCACGACUUCUUCGUUAGCUCGGAGAGCGAUCACGACCGGGAAAAUGGAGGAAUCGCAGGCGAAGAUGAUAUCAAAUGCGAGCUCGUCGAGGCGAUCCCUUCCGAGGGCUCGAGCACGAGUUCGCUCUCUCAGCCAAAGCAAGAUCGAGUUUUUACGUCGUCGCCCAUCAAUCCCCGAAUCAUCAACGUGGAAGAAGAGGUGGCCAGCGACCCUCUCGCGUCGUGGAGACGGGAAUAUCAGGAACGCAUUGCUUCCAAGGAUGAGAAGGAGAAGAAGGACAUCGAGGACUUGCGAGCGCAGGCUAAGAGCGAUCUGGACAACUGGUACAGCGAUCGCAAAUCGAAGAUCGAUGCUCAGCAGAGUCUGCGUCCGAAGGAUCCCGAACCACCGAACCCCGAAGAAGUCAAGAAGGAGAGCGUCUGGCGAAGGAUGUCAAGGUUGGCACUCGACCUACAGCAGACGUCGAAAAAUGGCGGGAAACGAAGAGACCUUUCUAGGAUGAAGAAAUUAAUGCAGAUGUUAGCUCUGAAAGCCCCCCUCCCUAGUCAACAACCUUGAAAUCGAUCGCGAACUCACGAUUUUACGCUCAAAGAAAAACUUGACGGAUAAUCUAAUUGUUGCGUCGCGUUCAAUUACUUCUGGUGGACGGAUAGCACGUCCUUGAUAAACCAAAUCGAGAGCCGUCUAUUCCUGUAGAAUGAAGGCUCCUCAAGCACGGGCGCCCUGACGAGGGAGAUUCCGCCGUUCGAAAGCGCGAGACACGGGGUAUCUUAUCCAAUAAACAAUACAAACCCUG